GCGCUUUCUCUAUUAACAGAUGUCUGAAACUAAAUGUUUUAGGAAAUUGACUGUUGCCUACUUAAAAACCUGUUAUAGAUCGGAACUUGGUCUGAAUCGACAUUGUUAUUAGGUACGUUGCUCUUCCUUUACUUGAUCUGUUUUCCAGGCCUACGUACAUUGAGCUACAAAAUGUGUACAGAUUUGAAUAGUCUUAAAAGGCUUCUCACAAUCACACUGGAAGAUCCUCAAUGGUCCUUGGUGAUGAUGAGUCUCAACAUUCAUGAACGCUGGAUCUGAACAAUCUUCAGAAUACCAUCAGUUCAUCACUGGAACUCAAACUUGACAGGUUUUCGAGAAUGCCUUGAAUCCAAACAUCACAUCAGCCAGGAAUCUCUUACUGUCCGUUAAGUCUAAACUUGAGUCAAAAAUUGAAGUCAUUGAGAUGUUCGUAAACAUGCGUCGAUUCAGAAAAUUUCAUCUAAGGCUGAUUGUUAUGUUUUUUGCUACCCUACUGGUCAUGGUAAACUGGGAGAGUAUUGACAAUAGAAUUCUAGCCCAUGUCAAGUCAUACACAUACCGCUACCUACAUAAUGGCUUCCAGUUUAUCAACGCAAGCGUUAGAGUCAGUCCUGCGGAGGCUAUAAGGUACAGCAAUCACAAAUACAUCUUAAACCACGAAAAGAAAUGUGGUGCAAAAGACAUUCUGCUCUUGUUAUUCGUGAAAAGCUCCUCUCAGAACUUUGAGAGAAGACACGCCAUCCGCGCCACAUGGGGGAACGAGGUGUACGUUGAAAACACGUUGGGGGUCACUAUAAAGGUGCUGUUUGCUCUUGGUGUCCAUCCUGAACAAAACAACAGAAAAAUCCUUCACCAGCAAUUGAUCUUAGAGAACCAAAAAUACAAAGACCUCAUCCAGCAGGACUUCGUCGACACUUUCCACAAUCUCACACUCAAGCUCCUCUUGCAGCUCAGCUGGAAAGAAAGCUACUGUCGCCACGCCAACUUCUUCAUGUCUACGGACGAUGACGUCUUCAUCCACAUUCCAAACCUAAUUCGCUACUUGCAAGAGAUUGCCCGCAGUGACAACAAAAACCUUUGGAUAGGAAGGGUGCACCGCGGGUCUCCACCUGUACGGGAUAAAUCUAGCAAGUACUACGUGUCGCAAGAUAUGUACUCGUGGUUAUCCUACCCAGACUACACCCCUGGGGCUGGAUAUGUCCUCUCUAAAGAUGUGGCUACCAAGAUCUAUCAAGCUUCACGUACAUUAAACGCUUCCCUUCACAUCGACGAUGUCUUCCUUGGAAUUUGUGCCAAAAUCAUGGAUAUCUCUCCUAGGGAUCAUGUUUUCUUUUCAGGAGAGGGAAAAGCUCAUUAUCACUGUUGUAUCUACAACCAGAUGAUGACCUCGCACGGCCAUGUGAGUGACAUCUAUGAAUUGUGGGGGCGCGUGACAGAUCCUGUAGCUUGUCAAAUUUCCUCAGGACUAUUUUCGAGGCUCUACUGCACCCUUGUGAAAGUGAGGCUUUUAUGCGUGCCAUUUUGGUCAUACUCAUACCCAUGCAAGGCAGCUUUUAAGUAAAACAUGACCAUUAUUUGUUGUUUAUGUAUCAAGAAACGCAGGUUCUUCUGACCAAACUAUGCUGUUAUGACUGUCAAACUUCUCACUUACUCACUUACACUUUUAAGCAACCAAACAUUGAAUUUCAUGUACCUUUUGGUUAUAAAGUACUAAAGUUAAUCAAUCAUUGGAGUUUGGGUUCCUCUCCACAGCAGGGCAGUGUAGGCAUGCUCACCGGGACAAUGCAUUUAGUUAUUAACUAGAUAUUACUCAUUAGAAUGAUCUUAAGUGCUCUAUAAACACCAUGCACAGGGCUGUGUUUUAACUUUCUGUGAUUUUCUAAUUUGCUCCUGUAAAGCUGCUUUGGAACAAUGCACAUUGUGAAAAGGGCUAUAUAAAUAACCUUGAAUUGAAUUAAAGUAGGAUCUGUUUUUUGAGUAUGGGAUGGCAUAUAAUAUUUCCAGUUAGUUUAUAUUAGAAGUCAAAUGGAUUUACAUAAUAUAAAAUUUUACAGCAAGAUAUAGAUCAGCUAAAAAAAAUGAAUGUGAAAAGUGGGUGUUGCUUACUGGAACAGAUGUAGUGAGCACAAAAUAAGCAGGGUGUGAAAAACAUAACUAAUUAAAGCACAAGAAAGUUAACAAUAAGAACUGUAAAAUGUACUCUUAAAUAACUUGUUUAGGAUAAUUCAGGUUUUAAAGGGAUACUACACCCAAAAGUGAAAAUUGUGUCAUUAUCGUUGUUUCAAACCUGUAUAAAUUUGAUAUUUGGAAGAAUGAGUAUAGUAUUUAUUUUCCCUACUAUGGGCAGUAAAUGGGGGAUGAGAUCUGUUUGGUUACAGACAUUCCAAAUAUCUUCCUUUCUGCUCCGCAGAACAAAGAAAUUCAUAAAGGAAUCUGAGGGUGAGUAAAUUACAGAAUUGUAAUAUUUGGGUGAACCAUCACUUUAA